UGUAGGAAAGUGGUGUUGCAUCAGCCGUACCGGUUGAAUGUGCGUAGUUACGCUUAGAUAUUUUUGGACAAUUUACGGUGUUUUUACACCGACUUCUUCAGUUUAUCAGUGUUUUAACGAACAUACAACUCCGUGGCUUGUACCCAAACCACGGUUUAGGACUUGUGUUACGAUUCCUAUAGACUUAGAAUGGCGUAUGGACUAUCUUGAAACGGUCCUUUGAGCCAUAUAUGCACCAAACCAAACCGUGCUCAUGUAGGACGUGUACGUCUAAAGGUUAGAAUUUCAUGUAUAUGUGUUGUUCCAGAGACGACGACGUGUGUCCAAGAGUAGAAAGAUUUAAAGAGCAGAGCGAGGGUAUUUUAUGCUCACGAGUGUUGUGAAUCGCCUCGCAUCGCCAACAUGAGCCGCAGAAGAGCGCACGAGGAGGACGAUGGCUACGAACGAACGUACAAGAAACGUCGAAGGGUGUCCGAGAAUCAGGAAAUCGAGGAUCGCCUCGAGGUUCUCAUUCUGCGAGUUGGCGAAAAAUCUACGUCGUCUCUGGAAAGCAAUCUCGAGGGUCUGGCUUCCGUGCUGGAAGCCGAUCUUGGAUUGUUCCGGGGCAAGAUCCUUCGCAUUCUGACGGAUUGCGCCAUCAAGAUGCCCGAGAAGUGCACAAUCUACACAACUCUCGUCGGAUUGUUGAACGCGAAGAACUUCAACUUUGGCGGCGAGUUUGUCGAUUACAUGGUGAAAAAUUUUAAGGAUUCAUUGAAAGCGUGCAAGUGGGACACGGCCAGAUAUUCUCUCAGAUUUCUGGCCGAUUUGGUCAACUGUCACGUAUUGUCUUGCGGCUCGCUUAUGCAACUGUUCGACAAUAUGCUGGACGCCGCGAACGAGGACGGUGUGCCGCAAGUCAGACGCGACUGGUAUGUUUACGCCGUUCUGUCAACACUGCCGUGGGUUGGGAGAGAAUUGUACGAGAAGAAGGAACAGGAACUAGAUCACUUAAUGGUUACGAUAGAAGUAUUUUUGAACAAACGCAACAAGAAGCAUCAACCCGCGUUGAGGGUCUGGUCGAGCGACACGCCCCAUCCGCAGGAGGAAUAUCUAGACUGCUUGUGGGCCCAAGUGCGCAAAUUGCGCCAAGAUAACUGGGCGGAAAAGCAUAUUCCGCGACCGUAUCUCGCGUUCGAUUCGAUUCUGUGCGAGGCGUUGCAACACAAUCUGCCACCUCUGAUGCCGCCCCCGCAUCACGAGUCUUAUUCUUACCCGUUGCCAACCGUUGUAUUUCGUAUGUUCGAUUACACCGAUUGUCCGGCCGAAGGUCCGUUGCUUCCAGGGAGCCACGCAAUCGAGAGAUUCCUGAUCGAGGAGCACUUGCGUCAAAUCAUCAACAACUACUUCUUCGAGAGAAAGGAUUGCGCUGUGCAGCUACUGAACUUCCCGUUCAAGGCCAAGAUCCCUUUGGAUUACUGCAUAGUCGAGGUGAUCUUCGGCGAAUUGUUCAGACUGCCGACUCCGAAGCAUCUCGAGAUCUGUUACGGCUCCAUUCUGAUAGAACUUUGCAAGUUGCAACCUUCAACUAUGCCGCAGGUUCUGGCACAAGCAACGGAGAUUCUGUUUCGUCGCAUAGACAGCAUGGCGGCCACCGCUUUCGAUCGUUUCGUAUGGUGGUUCGCGUAUCAUCUGAGCAACUUUCAGUUCCGUUGGUCGUGGGAGGACUGGGACUCGUGUCUGCAACGAGAUUCCGAACACCCGAGACCCAAAUUUAUCAGAGAGGUUUUGCUUAAAUCGUUGAGACUGUCGUAUUUUCAAAGGAUUCGAGACAUGAUGCCGGAUACUUAUGUAGACCUACUUCCGGCGCCUCCCGAGCCAGUGUACAAAUACACAUCCGAGGGUGCUAGUUCGCUUCCUGGCACAUCCGUGGCGCACGAACUCGUAAUGUCGAUCAGACGUAAGUGCACUCCGGAAGAAGUGCUCAACGUAUUGAACACAUUGCCGGGUCCAAGGGAGAACGAAGAGGCGAACAAUUACAAUCCUCUGAAAAUCGACGUCUUUGUGCAAACCUUGUUGAAUCUUGGCUCGAAGAGUUUCAGUCACAGUUUCGCGGCCAUAGUUAAGUUUCAUUACGUUUUCAAGGUUCUUGCUGAAACGGAAGAGGCGCAGAUAUGCAUAUUGAGAAACAUGUACGCGUUGUGGAAGAAUCACUAUCAAAUGAUGGUGGUGCUGACGGACAAGUUCCUGAAGACUGGCAUUAUCGAGUGUAGCGCGAUUGCCAACUGGAUAUUUUCCAAAGAAAUGGCAUCGGAGUUCACGAAAUUGUACAUCUGGGAAAUAUUACAUCUGACGAUACGCAAGAUGAACAAACACGUGACGAAACUUAGCACGGAAUUGUCCGAGGCCAGAGAGAAACUUAGACGAGCGGAGAGUAGAUCGGGCACGUCUUCGGACGAGGAGGACAACAACAAGGAUAAGAGGGAAAGGCCGUCGGAAGACGUGGUGGAGCGGAUGGAGGAGAAAUUGGAAGCCGCCCAAUCUGAUCAAAAAAAUCUGUUUCUGAUUAUAUUCCAGCGGUUUAUAAUGAUUCUUUCUGAACAUUUGGUUCGCUGCGAUACCGAUGGAAUUGACUACAACACGCAUUGGUACAAGUGGACCAUAGGAAGACUGCAACAAGUGUUUUUAUCCCAUCAAGAACAAGUACAAAAAUAUUCCUCGACGUUGGAGACUUUGCUCUUCACUCCGGACUUGGACCCUCACAUUUUGGACGUGUUCCAUCAGUUCGUGUCGUUACGAGCGUGAAAUUUGUGUAGAUUUAAAAGAAUACAAUUCACACUUAUUUUAUUAUCUCCAAUUACAUUCAUCACAUAAGAAUUAUAAACUACGACUACACAUAGAUCGCAUCCUUUUGGUGAAAAUACUUCGUAUUUUUAAAAACGACACAAAAUACGUUUUUGCUCGGUUCACGUCAGGCAAAAAAAACUUUUGUGCUGUGUUAAACAAUAAAAAGUUUUCAACUUCCUUCUCGAUCGAAAUAUCAUGCGAAAUAUGUAAAAAAUAUAUUCUGUUUAAAUAUAUAUAUAUAUAUAUAUAUACA